AGCUCACAGCAGGCUCUGGGGUCACAGCAGGCUGAGGUCACAGCAGGCUCUGAGGUCACAGAGGUGCCAGAGCCCCGUGGUUGCACAGCACCACAAGGAGCCAGCAGUCAGUCCUUGAGCACAACUGUUGCGGCAGCAGCGGCGGUGGCAGCAGUGGUGCUGACAUUGGGACAGCGGUGUCGGGACAGUGGUGGCAGCAAGAGCUGGGGACUGGCAGAGGGCAAGGCACCAUGGCCCUUGCUCUGCGCCUCUUCCUCCCGCUCCUCCUGGCCGUGGCCCUGCCUGCCAGGGCUGCCCAGGCUGCUCCGCUGCAAGCGCGGGGAGCAGCUUGGGAUGGUGACAUGGCUUAUCCGGAUGCCCAAUUGGAUGACAGCUUGGUGAAUUCUGUUGGCGAGAUUCUCUUGGAGAAUGCUGGAGGUCCUUCUCCAUGGAAGAACUCAGACACUGGAGACAAGAAAUCCCUGGAGGCAGCCAGACACCUGGACCAGAUGCUGAGUGAUCUGGAGAGACGCCGUGAGAUGGGCCAAAGGGCUUUGCUGAAGGCAGCACUUCCUGAAGGAAGCAAUGGCUUCGUGCCAGCCCCUGAUACACGAAGAGAGGAGAUGCCAGACAGUGCCACAGAAGACGUUAUCACUGAAACAGGAAUAUUUGCCCCGGAUCCAGUGCGCCUCCCAAGAAUUGUCUGCCCCCAGGAUGUGCGCAGGUCCUGCAUGAUAGGCACGGUGGUGACACUGUUCACCGCGCCCCUCGUGCUGAUCGGCUGCUAUCUUGGCAUUCGGAAGCUGUACCAGAGCAGACGACUCAUGAAACCAAUGUUGGUUUGAUGUGACCUACAGAAGAGUUUUGCAUUGCUUUUAAUUCCAACAAGCAGCAGAGCUGGAACCUGUUGAGAAGAGUCUCUUCACUUCAUUGCUAAAGCAAACUGCCAGUGUUCUUUUUUUCCAGCUCUGGGCAGGAAAAUAAAAAUCUAUCAGCAGAAAAUACUCGAGUGAAGUAACUGAUAUAAAUUAGGGAUUUGGUCUGUUUGCUCCCUAAGCCCUGAGUUCCUCAGAGCUGCAGCUCCCUGCUCUCUCUGCAGACAGAGGCUGGCUGUGGAUGACAGUCACGUGUCUGGCCUGGUGCCCACCAGGUGCACACACGAGCUGAGGGAUCAUCCCUGCACGCCCCAUCCUGGAAGAACCGAGGUCAUUGAUGAAUCUGACACGGUUUUAUGGCAUGGCAGCAAAAGAAGGCAAAAGAAAGGCUACAAUUGGUACCAUUCCAACCCCUUGACAUUUUGCCGGGUGUAAUGCAGAUAGGAACUACAAGUUUCCUAUCCAUGCACAAUUUGCUGUCUGAGAGCACUCCGUUCUCAAAGUUACAGGGGCCUGCAGGUCUGUGUCUGAGAUGACUUUAAAAACAAAAACAACCUUUAUGUGCAACACCUGUGUAUCAAAACUUCACAAUACAAAUCACAAGCUGAUUUCUGCUGUUAAGUGGAUGAAAAAAAAACCCAAAAAGCAAAAGUAAAACCGUGACCAAAUCAAACAGGCAAACACAACAACCACCAAGAAAACAAGAAAACCAACAGAAACAUCCCCACAAAUCCAGAAAAAGAUAAAAAUCAGGUGAUGGAGGCAGAGAUCCAAGAGCAACAAAUGGGCAGAGGAACUACAGGAAGGACAGAUCAUAAGAAAGGAGAGAUAAGAAGUGGCUAUGGCAUCAAACUAGCCAGGGCAUGUGAGAUAGUGUUCUCACCCUUCUGAAAACAAUCUGACAUAAAAAUGAACAGAAAAGAAAUGAUGACAAUUGUGAUAAUGGGAGUCUGCAUGUUUAGCUUUAAUAUAUGCACUGUGUGUGAGUUGUGUUUUCCUUGUUAAGUCACAUCAUCUGGCAAGGGUUUUUAUCUGUGCAAAGAAAAAUACUGCAGUGGAAAAGGAGGCUGGCUGGGAAAACAUUAAAAGCAAGAGCUAAAUUAAAGUACUCAUUUUUAA